UGUUCAAUUAAUUGAUGCCAAUGGCGACUGCAAUAUCAUGAAGGAAAAGAAGCGGGCCGAGUUUCUGUAGGAUAUAUUUUUAUGCAAUGAUAGAAUAUUCUUCAGUCGAUAAAAUUGACCAAAGGGAUAACACGUAGAUUUAAUAAUCUGUGCAAAAUUUACGACUAUGAAAAUGAAGAUACUGAUAUCGGUUUGGUAUUUAUUUACAAGCUGUCUGCUUAUAGUAUACGGAAAGAAGAAGAUCUAUAUACCAGAUGAACAGAGAGUAUUUGAAAAAAUUAUGACUGGAUAUGAGAAUUCUGUUCGUCCAGUUAUCAACUCCAGUCAUGUUCUAGUUGUCAAGUUUGCUUUGAGAUUAAAUCAAAUUGUUGGUUUGGAUGAGCGUCAUCAAGUUUUAACAACUAAUGUGUUUAUUGAUCAGGAAUGGGUGGAUGAGAAUUUAAUCUGGGAUCCGGAAGAAUAUAAUAAUAUACAAUCACUACGUGUUCCUACUAAAAGUAUUUGGCUUCCAGACACUUUUAUCUACAACAAUGUGGAUGAUGGGUCAACUGGUUUUAUGCAAGGAUCAUAUGUUCUUAUCCAUUCUGAUGGCACUGUAUUAUGGCCGGUUCCUGUAAAACUGAAAAGUUCUUGUAAAGUCGAUAUUACAUUCUUCCCAUUUGAUGACCAAAUAUGUAUUUUAAGAUUUGGCUCCUGGAUCUAUAGUGGAGACUGGAUGGAUUUUAUCAUAAGUAAUAAUGACACUCCGGUGGACUUAUCUUAUUAUAUGAAAAACAGUGAAUGGGAAUUACUAUCAAUCAAUCAACAGAAAAACAUCAGACGUCACUCAUGUUGUACUGAAACACACCCAGACUUGACGUUCAUGUUACACAUACGUCGUAAAACAUUUUACUACAUCUUUAAUAUUAUAGUACCGUGUACAAUGUUGUCUAUUCUAACUAUGUUGACAUUUUGGUUGCCCCCUACAUCAGGUGAAAAGAUAACUCUUGGCUUGUCAGUUUUCUUAGCAUUCUCUAUGUUUAUGUUGCUGAUAGCUGAAGAAGUUCCUGCAACUUCAGAAGCUGUUCCACUGAUAGGUAUUUAUCUUUGUGUAGUGAUGACAAUGACGUCAGUGUCAGUCAUUGUCGCAGUAUUGGUGAUUAACAUCUAUAAUCGGGGUAUGAAGACAAGACGAGCUCCAAACUGGUUAAGAAAGUUAACAUUAGUAUGGUUAUCUAAAGCUAUUAGUAUGCAUCAUGAUAUAGAACUGGUGGCUAAAAGUGUUAAUCUGGAUCUGUUUAUGUUUGGUUCACUAAGGAGACCAAGCAUGAUGACACCUAGGUGUUCUCUAAAACCAGAAACAGAAUUUAUAGUCAAACAGAAUAACAAUUCUGAGGAUUAUUUAAAUGAUGACAACACAAAUGGUGGACUGGGAACUGAUCAAAAAGACACAAAUGUGAAUACCACCACUGUUCCUUGUAGAUCAUCUUAUAAUCCAUCCGAGAAAGUGUGGUAUCGUCAUGAAGAACUGGAAGCUUUGAAAAAGGCUGAACAAGAAAAUGGUAAUAGCAGUCACACAGGUAAUGACAAAAAGGUCACUACAUCCUCCGAGACUGACGCUACCAAGCCGUUAUUGGUGGAAAAUGAGACCAGCAAAAACAAGUUACUCCAGCUCCCCUAUUCAACUGCACAAGAUAUCAGUCUUAUGACAGAUAUUCAUAAGAAAAAGGUCAUUAUUGCAGAGUGGCAAAGAAUUGCGGCUGUAGUAGAUAGAGUAUUGUUUAUAUUUUUUCUGGUUGCCACAAUAAUGGCCUACUUGGUUCUGCUGGUAAUACUGCCAGCUCAACAUUACACAACACAGAAAGAUACAUUAUCAGAGGCCAUACUGCAAAAUAUAGCAGAUGAUGUAUAAGAUCAAUCAACCUAGGAGAGAUAUUACAUUCUGCCAUGAACAAUAAUGUAUAAAUAUUUGUUUUGCUUUAGCAUUGAGCAUAUGAUGUUGAAAAUAAAGUUAAAAAUGUCUUCCAUUUGUAGCAUUUAUAGAGAUAUUGCUAAAUAUUACAACUGUGUUUAACAAUGUAAUCUGUCAUAAAGACAAAAGCUGUCAAUGUUCCUAUAAUUGUAUGUGGAAUGUUGUAUAUACUUAUUCCAACCAGAGUUUAUUCUCGAGAUAGAUUUAAAUUUGUACAGGCCAGCAACUGGAUAAUUGAGGCAACUUGCAGCGUACGCAGAUGAUAUUUUAUUAUUUUUUUACAUUGUAGAGUGAAAUAUUAAUUAAUAUCUCAAUGCCACUAAAUUUGGCAAUUCACCUUGAAAGAUGCAUUAAGUAAGAGCUAAAUCUGCCUAUUUUGGGGUUUCAAAUGUUAUAUAAAUUAUUAUUUAGACAUUUAUUCACAUGAAAAGCCCAUAAUCAAUUCUCUAGCCCAUCGGAUGUCUAAGAUACAAAGUGGAUUAGACAAUGUCUGCAAUAUCUUCAUUAAAAGUUAAAAUGAAUAAUCAACAAGACUAUAUCCAUUAUCAUAGCAAUAGUACAUGUACUUGACUUUCAAAACUAUUAAGGCUAAGAAUAAUUUGACAGAAAUUUAAACUAUUAAAGCAAGGACGGACACCUCUUUAUCUAAUUUUUAAUGCAUCUUUAAGGUUUCAGACUGACAUGUAUGAUUUUUGUUAAAAAUUUAUUUCAACAUAUAUUUAAGAUGUUGGGGGACCAGGGAUUAAUAGAAUGGUCAUAAUGCCUAGCUUUUAUUUAUAUAUUGUUAUUUUACAUAAAAUACAUUAAUUUACUCUAAGUUUAUUAUCUGUUCAUCUGUUAUUAAAUAUAUGACAAUCUUAGAUACUGGAUAUUCAAUAAAAUAGUUAAACUGGAUCUCAACGUCUAUACUGAUUUACUUUAGAAGGAUUUGAAAUAAAGUUCUUGUUUGUUGUUA